ACCCAACCGCUCGUUUCUCUGUUUCUCUUGUCUUGUCGUUUGCAAUGGGGUCGUCGUGUCUCAGAUGCUUCAAACUCGAAUGCUGCAAAUCAACGUCAACCGUUCGGCCCGAUCAGAGCAAGGGAAAAGAUGGCGGCGUUGAAGGCGAGGUGUUUGUCAGGAAAUUCAGAUGGGAAGAGAUUGAGUUUUUCACCAAGGGUUUCUCCCGUCUGAUUGGUCGUGGAGGUUUUAGCAAUGUCUACUUGGCUAAGUUGUCUGGUUCUGACCAACGACAAGGAGCGGUCAAGAUCCAUGCCAGAAGUGAUCGACUGAAUCAAGUGUUCAAACAAGAACUCGAUAUCUUGCUCCGCCUUCGUCACCACAACAUCGUCAAGCUUCUCGGUUACUGCGAUGAUCUCGAUGAAGGUGCCAUGGUGUUUGAGUACGUUCCCAAUGGGAACUUACAAGAGAAACUACACCUACUUUCGUGGAAAACCCGAACUGCCAUAGCAUUCCAACUAGCUCAAGCCAUAGAAUACCUACACGAAAAAUGUACCCUCCAAAUAGUCCACGGGGACAUCAAACCAUCAAACGUGUUGCUGGACGAGUAUUUCAAUUGCAAGCUGUGCGAUUUCGGGUCGGCGAAGAUGGGAUUUUCGUCGACGGUGAAGCCGCCUUUGUGUUCGAAGCAAGUGAUGGUGGGAUCACCGGGGUACACUGACCCUCAUUACUUGAGAACCGGGUUGGCUUCCAAGAAGAACGAUGUGUACAGCUUGGGUGUGAUAAUGUUGGAGCUGGUGACGGGAAUGAAGGCCUUUUGUCCGGAGAGGGGACAGCUAUUGACUUCGAUUGUGGCACCGUGUUUAAGGGACAUAGACCAACAUGGGGCGGAGGAGAAAGUGGCGGCAUUGGUGGAUCCACGCCUGUGUGGAGAGUUUGACUUGGAAGAAGCCAGGGUUUUGCUUUCGAUUGCUGCACUCUGCCUUCACCAGUCUCUCACUGUUAGGCCAUCUGCCGCUCAAAUCAUUGAAAUCAUUAAGGAGAAAAUCACUUCCAUGGAUUUGCAAGGCAAAGAUUCUUUGCCGCUAGCAACUAAAUAA